AUGUACGCAACGCCCGGUAGGCGGGUGACGAACCGGGCGAAAGUAAUUUGUCCGUCAUGUGCCACCCGAGUGCAAGUAGUGUGGCGCGCCCUGUCGUCGUCCCCUGCCCUCUCGGCCAAGAGGAACCGUAUUCCAACCUACGUUAAACAGGCAAAUGUGAAAGGGCAGGGGUCCUUAGGCGGGAUACCGGCCCCGAAAUCCACGGGCCUACGACACAGAGAGAACCCAUUAUUCAUUGCGCCAGAGCUCGUGACGGGACUGCAGAAGCUGGGCUUCUCCUCGGUCCCCGCGGUCGUCGACGUGCUGCGACAUCUCAACCACGAGGCGACGAAGUUGUCCCCGACGAACGUCGUCCAAGCCCUGACUACGCAGCAGCACUUCACGCGAAUCGCGGAGCAGGAGUUGGGCACUGCCGAGGCUGCGCUGGUGCGCGACCCGAAAGUCCUGCGCAAGGCUUUCCACCUCUUGGGCCGGAACUACUUCCACCAGCAAAACAGACAGGGUCAGGAAGGGCUCGCCGCGCUGAGGAUCGCAUUUUUUGCUGGGGAACUCGACGCAGGUAUCGACGCCGCGACCGCCGAAGUCAUGGUUAACAUAAGUCGCGUGGAAUUGGGCGCGACUUCGACGACCGGCACGCUUCUCUCGGCACGGCUCUUCGAGUUCAUCAAGCAGCGAGCCCUGGCGAGGGCUGACUGGCGCGCAAUGACGCUGUAUCUGAAGGAGAUGUCGAGGGCGCCCGGGACGGAAGCGUCAGCGCGGGACAAUUACAACCUUGCCAGGGAGCUGUUCGACAUGGUGGAGCCCAGCAAGGAGCUCGUGCUUGAAAACACGCAACUUCUACGAGGAGUCGAGCCGCCGUGGAAGAUCCUCUACGAAGGUGCGGUCACGUACCUGGCGUACAUUCCCAAAGACAGCCCCGAGCACGACAAAGUCCAAGCAGAUGUCGAGACUGCCCUCCGCGACGGGAUCCAGAAGUACUCGGACCCCCGGGCCGUGGCGCCCGCCCUGCGCCAACAGCGCGUGAUCCCAUGGCACUCGCCCGAAUGGGUCGACCUUGCGACUCAGGCGGCGGCUGCGGGCGUCCAGGACGCUGCCUUCGACCUCGCCAUGUACCACCUCCGCCAUGGGGGUUGGCGGCCCAGGCAAGCGGGUAAGAAGCCGACAGACUGGACGGGCAUUGAAUGGCUUGCCGUUAGCGCCGCCCUGUCCGCCCCAGACAUACGGACGAUGGUCCAAUCGAGAUAUCUCGGCCUGGCGCACCUUCUGCGGGAGCACGGCUACCUGGCCGAGGGGUCCGCCUGGAUGGAACAUGCAAAAGAAAACGCCGCGGAAGCGGGUUUAGAUCCGGACAAGGAAUGGGAGCAUUUCAUCCACGACUUCGAACUAGCUUGGGCGAAGGCAGAGAGGGACGACGAGAUGCAGAAGUACAUCCAACACAGCGACAAGUUUUUCGCACCCUACCUGGACGGGCGGGACAAGUGA